AUGUCUCAAGGUACUCUAUACACUAACCCAUCUCCAAGAACCUUAAUUCCAAAGGCUAUUGUCGAACACUUCAAAUUGAAUGUUGAUGUCAAAUUCUUGCAAACUGCUGAUGCUGACUUCGCUGCCAAGUUCCCAUUGAAGAAGUUCCCAGCUUUCGAAUCUGCCAAAGGUUUCAAAUUAACUGAAGCUAUUGCUAUCUGUUAUUACUUGAUCAAUUUGGUCGAUGAUGAAAAGGUUAAGGCUACCUUGUUGGGUGCCAACAUGAACCAAGAAGCUGCCAUCAUGAGAUGGGCUUCUUUGUGUUUCUCCGAUAUGAUGUCUAACUUCGCUAAGGCUAUCUUACCAGUUACGGGUGUUAUUCCAUACAACAAGAAGAUUGCUGACGAAGGUAUGGCUUUCAUUGAAACUGUCGCUGCUAUCUUCGACGCUAGAUUAAAGGAAUACACUUACUUGGCUACCGAAAGUAUCUCUUUCGCCGAUGUCGUUUCCGCUAUCACUUGGAGUUUUGCUUUGACUACCGUCGCUGGUCCAGAAACUAGAGCUAAGUACCCACACUUGAUGAGAUGGUACUCUACUGUCUCUGCCUCUCCAAUCGUCUUGGCUUCUGGUGCUAACUUGGCUCCAAUUGACAAAGCUAUGGUCUUCACUCCACCAAAGAAGGAAAAGAAGCAACAAGAAAAGCCAAAGAAGGAAGAAAAGCCAAAGGCUGCUGCUGCUGAAGCUGACGCUCCAGCUCCAGCUGAAAAGAAACCAAAGCAUCCUUUGGAAGCUUUAGGUAGAUCUACUUUCGUCUUAGAUGAAUGGAAGAGACAAUACUCUAACGAAGACACCAGACCAGUUGCUUUGCCAUGGUUCUGGGAACAUUACAACCCAGAAGAAUACUCUUUGUGGAAGGUUGAAUACAAAUACAAUGAUGAAUUGACCCAAACCUUCAUGUCUAACAACUUGAUCGGUGGUUUCUUCAACAGAUUGUCUGCUUCUACCAAGUACAUGUUCGGUUCCAUGGUUGUCUAUGGUGAAAACAACAACAACGGUAUCAUUGGUGCUGUUAUGGUCAGAGGUCAAGACAGUGUUCCAGCCUUCGACGUUGCUCCAGAUUGGGAAUCUUACAGUUACACCAAGUUGGACCCAACUAACGAAGAAGAAAAGGAAUUCGUUAACAACAUGUGGGCUUGGGAUAAACCAGUUGUUGCUGGUGGUGUCUCUAAGGAAAUUGUUGAUGGUAAGGUUUUGAAAUGA